UGCUUCAGUCAACAAAAUCAUCAAAGACCGACGCCUUCAAGGCAAGAUGACUGAAAAUGGCAACGACACCUGGCACGCGACUAAGUCAAUAGGACGCCAGAUGAGGGUGAUCACGUCCGGGGCACAAAGAAACCAGGGUUCCACGUGGCACCACCAGCUCAGCGACAAAGCCGCCCCAGUGAAAACACACAUUUACUGGGCGAUGAAAAACUGUGGGGGGGACAGGGACCAGCUUAUCAAGUAUAUGGACGCCAUACCAAAGCACUACAAGAAUGACCACAGCGACUGCGCACCCACAUCCAGAUGCAAGACUGACGACUCAUACACACCAUCCAGGACCAUCAUCACAGACCCACAUGCGGAAAAACUACUCAUCAACUUUAUACACAAAACUGUAGUUUACAAGAACCCUGAGAACUAUGUUUAUGCCAAGGACACCCACUAUUGUGAGUCCUAUAACAAUGCAGUGCUGAUCUAUGUCGACAAAAGGGUGGGCUUCCAAAUCGACAACUACAAGAUGAGGAUGAACUUGGCAACACUGGACUGGAAUGAACACGUGGACAGGGGAGCCACAUCGUACUGGGAGGCUGAAGAUGCGGCGGCACCCAGGCGACAGCAGCCCAAGGCCAACUUGGUGCGAAAGGACUACAACUUCAGGAAAGUCCUGUGGGAGAACUUCAUGGCGGCUGCCUGGAGGAUCUAAACUCUCUUUACUAGUCUAGUCAGGGGCCUUGAGCAGAUUUUUUUUGCAAUGUGAACUUCAUUUCUAUAAAUUCAGAAAAUUCAAUAUUUUCUAUCCCCACCAUGUGGUUUGUUGUUGUUUCUAACCUUUAAUCUUUACAAAUGCAACACGGUACUGUAUAUCUGUAUGAGGGUAUGUUAGUGUUUUUGAAUUAGGAAAAGGUAUUGUGAUUGUGCACUGUUAGUAUUAGCUUUAGAGUUAGAGUUGCCCAGUAGUUAGAGUACCAAUAGCAACGGACUGUUAGCAAACCUCUUGUUGAUUGUAAAGCAUCACCCCAGUACCAUGUGUUUUCCUAUAAAGGCCACAAAACAUUGCUAUACAUGUACCGUAUACAACUGAUGUAUACAUAUACUAGUAUAUACUGACAUUCAAUGUAGGUAGCUUUGACUAUAAGUUGACUACUUUGACUAAAUGUAGCCUAGCUUUUUGAGUGUCGAUACAGACUGUAUUUUAAAAAAAACUCCAGCAUAAAUUGUGUUACACGAAGUUUAAACAUAUCUUUACCCAUGGCAGUGUGACCUUCCAUCGUCUUGAUAAAUACUACUUACCGUGUAGAA